UGUGACACUCUCUCUCUUUGCUCGCUCUCUUAUCUCUCGAUGAGUAACAACAGUGUGGGUCUGUCGCCCGUGUUGCCCCUCAAUAGUUUCGGGAAUGUGCUGAUGUUUCUUUUCAGCAUAGCGCUGGCGGCCGCAAUUAUUUUCCUCAACAUCUCGGUGUUUCUCUCAAUCAUGAUGAACAAGUCGCUGCGCAGCGAGAACCGAUUCAUGUACAUGCUGAGUACCUCUUCCAGCGACAUCUGCUCUGGGGUAUCCUAUUACUAUGUGGGCGUCCUCGACGUGAGGGACAGCUAUGACUCCCCUAAAAGAACGUUUUACAUCGCUCCCACGUUCCUGGGGCUCUCGUACAUGGCCAUACUGGCUGCACAGUCCGAUAGGUAUCACGCCGUGACAGCACCUUUUAAAUACUCCCAGAGAAUUACCCGCAACAGGACCCUGCUUGUCAUUCUAUUUUACUGGGUUUACGCUUUUGUCAUCGUGGCGGUGAACAAUCUAGUUCCAAUGGGGAUCGCGAAACAAGUCACAGGUUUCGGGACCUUCGUUGCGAACAUUUUCACUGUGAUCAUUAUGAUAGGCCUGAAUAUUAGACUGUUCUUCAUAGCUAAGUUCCAGUUGGAGAGAGAGCCGCCCUCGGUGGAGAGAGAGAACAAGCGCUCUUCGGUGUACCUAAUCAUAGUAGUGGCAGUGUUUUUCCUGGCGGCAUGGUUACCCAUUUUCAUCCAUAUCAUUUGUUGUAAUUUUAUCGGGUCUACAUGUUAUUCGUUUAGAAACGAAGGAACCGAUCCCCUUAGAAUUCUUCCACGCUUAAAUGCUGUGUUAACCCCGCUGUUGUACAUCAGAGGCUGUGCCUCUCUCAGGGCGACGCUGUUCACCAAGGUUUGGAAACCUUGCUGUAGAAGAAGCGUGAGUCCAGGACGACCUGGACCUAACGGACAUCCGGUCAAUACUGUCUUCAAAACAUGAGGUUCCCUUACAAACAAGAGAGGAUCAUUUCAAAACGUUAGGAAUGUGGCGAUAAAGGGAGACAAGACAUUGAAGAGAAUUUGAUUCUAAGUCUGAAUAUGUUGAAAAUAGGUAGUAAAUGAUAUAGAUUAUAGGCCUAUAUAAAUAUUUCUCAUGUAGGUUCAAAUCAUUGUGUCACGACUUCCGCCGAGGCUGCCUCCCCUCCUUGUUCGGGCAGGUUUCGGC